UUGAGGAUGUGGGUGGCUUCGCAUCACCAACUCUCUACGGCAAAGCAAUUCUUAGGAUUUUGGUAUCACACGGCGAGUCCUUGCUGACAGGUCUCAGUUGGUCAUAUACGCAAAGCCGGCAACGAACACAAUCGAGAUAGCUCACGAGGUUCUCAGAGUAUACACGUCCUCAUACGAGUUUCUGUUAGCACAAGAAUUAAAGCUAUCCUCAGCUUACUAGUGAGUGAAUGAAGCUGUAAGAUAUAGAGACUGGAGAAUUCUACACCAACAUCUUCUGGAGUAGGGCUGAGUGAGCUGAUUACCCCUUAAAAUGACAUUCAGCGGAAGCUACAUAUGUAUCUCUUAUUCAGAAUUAAGCUUAUAGCAUACAAACUGUAUUUAGAACACAUAAUGACGUACAGCCCGCUAAUAUAGUUCUAACAACACAAACAGUAUCCACGUGGUACAUUGUCAUACUGUUAACAACAGUGGUCUUAUUCUUAUACACUUGGACCCCCCAACAGAUCCACAUCGCCUCAAGAUUAUCCGUCCUCGCAACGUUUACCAACGAUGUCUUCCAAACCCCAAGCCGAGGUCGAGAUCUCAGUCUCCGUAUCACCGGACACAGUGAGCCUUUCACGGCUCGAAGAUCCCCUGACUAUCACCGUCACGGCCAAGACGAUAUCUUCUAGUAAACCGGAUUUUGGUAUUUGGAUUAAUGUGCGAUGGUCGGCUUUAGACAACAGAGGUCAGGGCUUAUUCAGAGGAGCUUUGGUGCUGAGGAGUGUAUCGGAUCCGGAGGAUAUCAUCUCUUUUGCGCCGGCGGUUAGGGUGUCAUAUUCUACGGCGGGCUUUGAUCCUGAUCUUCGCAAGAAUGAGUUUGAACAUUUUCUACUCCUACCGGGAGUUGGGGAGGGUGAAUUGACAUCAACUCACGAGAUAACGGGGGAGAGGAUAUUUCAGUAUAGUUCAAUUCAGCCUUCCGACGUUUCGCCCGACUUCGAAUAUCGCAUAGAGUUUACGGAGAAGUGGUUGGGCGUUCACUGGUGGACGUUUGAAGACGAGGCCGAGGGCAAGAUGUUCUUCGAAGGGAUUAAGUCCGAUGAGGAUGGGAUGUGGGGACUUAGAGACGACGACCCAGCGUUCGUUGCGGAACGGUAUAAGGAAGGUUAUAUCUAUAGCAAUAACCUUCGCGACUUCAAGUAUAUUGUCAAGGAAGAUCCACCUGCGACUAUCACGUUCGUUGAAUAAAUCUAAGGAGAUCAAGUAGCAGGGAAUAGGAAGUUUAACGAAUUUCUCUUCGAGCAAGAUGUUGUUACACUAAUUCUAUAUACUACUAUACUACCUCGUGAAAGAUACACAUUCAUAACAAUUUUCUAUCAGUCAUACCACCAAUUA